GUAUGUACUCCAGUCGUACUUCUCAACUACUCAAGUACAUAUUUGUGUUCUUGAGUAUUGAAAAGGGCCAAAGACACUUCCCCACUCCUUCGUCACGUGACCACAGUUUGUCCCAGCGGUGUUGCCAUACCCAGCUGUCCAAGAUGGUGGACAGACACACGCAUGCGCAGUGUCGAUGCGGCGAACUGUCUUUGUUUGUCCCGAGAGACAAAUGUCCUCAGUGUAGCAGCUGCGGUGUCUCUGUAUCACAGGACAGAGGACACAUGAAGACACGGACCUGUCCUCGCGCUGAGAGCCGAGGCUAACCGAGGCGGAGAUGGACGACGUCCAGCAGCUACAGAUUCAGCAGCAGCAGCAGCAGCAGUGGAGGUCCAGUGGGGACCAGCAUCCCCACAUUAAAGAGGAAGAGAAGGAAGUGUCCAUCAACCAGGAGGAGGAGGAGCAUCAGAGACGUGAGGUGAAUGCAGAAGUGGUUCAGUUAACUUCUGCCUGUGUGAAGAGUGAAGAAGAUGAAGAGAAACCCGAGUCGUCACAAGCAGCCAGGGACUCAGGACAUUCGUCUUCUGAGACAGACGUCAGUGACGGGGACUGGAAGGAGACAGAAGUGACGUCCACUUUAAAGCCAAAGAAAAGUGUUUUGACAGCGUUUCAUUGUCUCCAGUGUGGAAAAGGCUUUAAGCACAACUUCAGUCUGAAGAGACACCUGAGAGUUCAUUCAGGAGAGAAAGCGUUCAGCUGCUCCCAGUGUGGGAAACGUUUCAUCCAUGAGGACAACCUGAAGUAUCACGAGAAGAAUCACACGGGCCAGAAACCCUUCAGCUGCUUUGGUUGUGACAAACGCUUUCACCGAAAGAGUGAAAUGAUGAGACACGUGAGAAUUCACACGGGAGAGAAACCGUUCAGCUGCUCUCAGUGCGGGAAACCAUUUAUCCAUAAGAACAAUUUAAAGGAUCAUGAGAAAAUUCAUACAGGAGAGAAACCGUUCAGCUGCUCCGAGUGCGGUAAAACAUUUUGCCGCAAGAACGACAUGGUGAGACACACGAGGACUCACUCAGGAGAGAAGAAGUUCAGCUGCUCUGUUUGUGGUGAAAGGUUCAGCAGGAAGGACAAUCUCAAAGACCACGAGAAGAUUCACGCGGGAGUGAUUCUCUACGGUUGUUCUAAGUGCCGAGAAAACUUCAGCCAAAAGGAAGAGCUGAAGGAGCACGAGAAGAUUCACACGGGAGAGAAACCGUUCACUUGCUCUGUGUGCGGUAAACAAUUCCAGCAAAGAUCACGUCUGACCAAACACAUGACCAUUCACUCAGGAGAGAAACCGUUCACUUGCUCCGUGUGUGGGAGCAGUUUCAAUCGAAAGGGAAAUCUGCGGAGACACAUGACGGUGCACGCCGAGGAGAAACCGUUCAGCUGCUCUGAGUGUGACAAACAGUUUGUGCAUGAGAUUGAUUUAAAAGAGCACGAGAAAGUUCACACAGGAGAGAGACCGUUCAAAUGUCCCCGGUGUGACAAGACAUACACGCGGAAGAAGGACAUGGUGAGACACAUGAGAGUCCAUUCAGGAGAGAAACCUUACAGCUGCUCUGUGUGUGGGAAAAGAUUUAUCCUGAAGAGUUAUCUGACCGAUCACGAGAAGAUUCACACAGGAGAGAAACAGUUCAGCUGCUCCGGCUGCAGCAAAACAUUCAGCAGGAAGAACGACAUGGUGAGACACAUGAGCGUUCAUUCAGGAGAGAAACCGUACAUUUGUUCUGUUUGUGGCAAAAGGUUCAUCUAUAAGAACAACCUGAAGGCGCACGAGAAAAUCCACACAGGUGAGAAACCUUUCAGUUGCUCUGUGUGUGGAAAGAGAUUCAGCCGGAAGAACGACACAGUGAGACACAUGAGAGUUCACACGGGAGAGAAACCGUUCAGCUGCUCCCAGUGUGGCGACAGCUUCAGUCAGAGGGACAGUUUAAAGGACCACGAGAGAAGCCACACGGGGCAGCAGCCGUUCAGCUGCAUCCACUGUGGGAAAAGAUUCAGUCGUCGCAGUGAAAUGAUGAAACACGUAAGGAUUCAUAUGGGAGAGAAACCCUUUGUUUGCUCUGUGUGUGGCAGAAGAUUCAUUCACAAGAACAAUCUCAAGCAACACAAGAAAAUCCACACAGGUGAGAAACCGUUCAGUUGCUCCGAGUGUGAGAAAAGUUUUUAUCGGAAAUCGACUCUUCAACGACACUCGAGAAUUCACAUGGGAGUGAAACCGUUUGGUUGCUCUGAGUGUGGUUCGUGCUUCUGUUAUAAGACCAGUCUGAUGACUCACAUGAGAGCUCACACACGCCAGGAGCUUCUCAGACGCUCGGGGGACACUGGAAGUUCUGCAGAGAAACCCUUUAUGUGCCACGUGUGCGGUAAAGGAUUUAUACAUAAGAACAAUCUGAAGGCUCAUGAGAAAAUUCACAGCGGAGAGAAACCGUUCUGUUGCCCGUUCUGUGGGAAAGGUUUCACACGACUGAGGAACCAGAUCGUUCACAUGUCGGUUCACACGGGAGAGAAACUCUUCAGCUGCUCCGUGUGUCACCGCAGGUUCACCUGGCAUCAUCAGAUCAAACGACACCAGUGUGACGCUGAGUCAGCACAACUGGACCAGAACCACGCCGAGGCGGAGCUUAUCAACGACGACUCACAACUGGACCAGAACCACGCCGAGGCGGAGCUUAUCAACGAUGACUCACAACUGGACCAGAGUCAGACUGACAAGAGCGUUGAGGAUUGAAGGACCAGAACCAGCCCAGAACAUUUAAAGGUGUAUUCUGUGUAAAAUGUGAUAACGACGCUGAAGUGAAGGGUUACGUGUGUACACAUGUAUGUAUGUUAAUGUACAUAUACGUGUUUAAAUAUGUAAAUACGUCUGAAAAUGUUAUUUUUAAAUAAAGUGAUUAAUAACAAUUUUCUCGUUCAUUUUGACGAGUGAAUGUGUGAGUGAAUGUGAGGGUGAAUAUGAGUGAUGAACAGUUGAACCAGAAGAAAUGACUCAGUCCUGUAGGUUGUAAGUUUAUAUUAAUG